AUGGCGACCAAAAACGAAGAAGCGCGAAAUUUAAAAUACGUUCAGAAAAUUUGAAAUUAUGAGACGAUCGCUUGCUCCUAGCCAAGUUUUAAAGCGCAAAAAAUCUCCGUCGGCUGAAGAUGAUAGCGACAGCGAUGGGGAAGAGAAAUCGCAACGGCAGAAAGUACAAAAACUAAACCGUGAAAAGCCGAAUUUUUUGAGCAAAUUUUCUCAACACUCGGGCAGGCAGCCUUUCACGUCACUAUGUGUCAAUGGAUCUGCGCAACUGACCGAACACGAAGCUCGCAUCAAAAACAUUUUGUCCAAGCCUUUUAAAGUGCCAAUACCAAAUUAUCAAGGUUUGAUUACUUGUUAUUGUACUUGAAUAAUUUUGAUUUUGAAUUACAUAUUUACACCCUCGUCAAGGAGACUCAAGGACUUUGAUUUUGUAAAAGUUAAAGACUUUGCCCGGGGGGGUGGUACGAAUAUUAGUUUUGAUGGUCAUUUUGUAUUGGACUGAUCUGUCAUACAACUAAAUAAUAUAUGAUACUAUUAGAAUGUUAUUUCAAUCCAUACUUCAACUUGCAAUUUAUUUACAAGGCUCAUCCAAUGGUCGUACUUUGGGGAUAAAACGACUAGGUCCCAGAAGAUCCCUCCAUGAUCCUGACGACCCUGAUGCUCUCAUCUUGUACGAGCCACCCCUACAAACUGAACAUGAGAAACUUAAAUCAAACCAAGACUACGAAGUUCAUGUAGUCGUCGACCCGAUCCUAUCCAAAGUCUUGCGGCCCCAUCAGCGUGAGGGAGUGAGGUUUCUGUAUGAUUGCGUCACUGGAACGAAGAUCCCAGACAGUUUUGGUUGCAUUAUGGCAGAUGAAAUGGGGCUGGGUAAGACGCUACAAUGUAUAACUCUUCUUUGGACGUUACUGAAACAAAGUCCGUCAGGGAAGAAGAUGAUUGAUAAGGCUAUUAUUGUAGCUCCAUCAAGCCUCGUUAAGAACUGGCAUAACGAGAUCAAUAAAUGGCUUGCAGGUAGGUUAUUCGAUACUAGUAUCAUCACCUAAACAUCACCAUCAUCAUUACCAUCAUCAUUACCAUCACCCACCACUAUCAUCACCCACUAUUGUCAUCACCACCAUCAUCUAUUAAUACCAUUACAUAUCACCCCCAUUAUCAUCCACUACCAUCACCACCACCAUCAUCAACCACCAUCAUCACCACCACCAUCAUCACCACCAUUGUCAUCACCACCAUCAUCAUUACUACCAUCAUGAAUCACCAUCAUCAUCACCACCACCUUCUUGUCAGUACCAUUACAACUAGAUUUACAGUAAUACCAUCUGAUCCAAUUUUAUUUCCAGGAAAGCUUCAUCCACUAGCAAUAGACUCUGGUUCCAAGGAUCAAAUUGACUCAAACUUGACAAGUUUCAUGGCACAGUGUGGAAACAGAGUGCACAAUUCGAUACUUAUUAUAUCGUACGAAACAUUCAGGUGUCAUUAUGAGAAGUUAACAAGCAGUGCUGUGGGUCUCGUCAUCUGUGACGAAGGACAUAGGUUGAAGAAUCUUGAAAGUCAGACGUACCAAGCUCUUGAUAAGUUGAAGACUCAGAAAAGAGUUCUGUUGUCAGGUAUAAACUAUUGUGAAUUGACGAGGCGACAGCCGAGUGUCUUAUAUCUGAUAAAAUACGGACUGCGAGUGUUUUAAAUGGUUUCAAGAACUCAUUAAUAAUUCAUGAAGAAAACACAAAGAAAAAUCAUAAGCGUGUAAAAGUGUUGUAUCUUUAUAUGUGAUAGAGAUUUCCCUUGAUUUACAUAAACUUUAACCUUGAUUUUCUCGACUUACACAACGUAUUUUCUAAAAAUUACUUAGUCGCCAAUGAAUUUACUAGAUCGAUCGUUUGAAGCAAUUUAAACUGACAUAAGCAGUAGUGUUUUAUCAGACCUAAAGAUACUCUGCUUCGCCUCGUAUCUUUAUAUCUGAUAAAACAAUGCUGCUCAUGUUUUAAAUAAUACUUAUCCUCAUGAAUUAUUAGAGUUUUUAUUAAAAAAUAUGAAAUGUUUUAAAAUCUUUUCAGGUACGCCAAUUCAGAACGACUUACUGGAGUACUUUAGUUUAGUUCACUUUGUGAACAGUGGGAUGCUAGGAACCGCUUCGGAAUUUAAAAGAAAAUUUGAAAAUGUUAUCCUUCGCGGCCGAGAUGCGGACGCCAGCGAAUCGGACCGCCAUAAAGGCACGGAAAAACUUAACGAACUCGUCUCUUUAGUUAACAAAUGCAUUAUCAGACGAACUCAGGCGAUAUUAUCCAAAUAUUUGCCUGUAAAGGUAUGUUGGAAAGUUGCAACUCUUAUCAAUUUUGAACUGGUUCAAAUUUUGGUAAAGGUUGAUGAGAAUUAUUGCUCAUUUCACCGGUUAUUCUUUUCAUUCAACUCUCGUAGUCUCGUCAACUCUUGUUCUCGUUUGACCGGGGCAUGAGAGCUGAGAAUCAAAACUCUCUGAUGCAAACUCUCGUUUCUCAACUCUCAUCAAAUCUUAUUCAAACUCUUGCUUCUCAACUCUCAUCAACUUUCAUGCAAACUCUCGCUUCUCAACUCUCAUCAACUUUCAUGCAAACUCUCGCUUCUCAACUCUCAUCGACUUUCAUGCACACUCUCGCUUCUCAACUCUCAUCAACUCUCAUGCAAACUCUCGCUUCUCAACUAUUAUUUAGAUUCGCCUCUCUUAUAGGUUGAACAAGUCGUGUGUUGUGCCCUAACGCCGGUACAAAAUGAAUUGUAUCAUCGUUUAGUUUCGAGUAAAGCUGCGAAGAUAGAACUUGGGAAAUCAGGCAGUAUGUCGUUCUCGUCUCUCGCUUUUAUUACUCAACUUAAGAAGCUUUGUAACCAUCCGCAGCUACUUCUGAGUGAUGGUAAGGAGGGGAAAAGCAAUGAGGUUGAUGGGCUUGAAGAAUUGUUUCCAGGUUAGUAAAACGUGUAUCAUUGAUGGUGAUUAUGAUGGUAGUGAUGAUGGCGGUGGUUAUUAUGAUGGUGUUGUGAUGAUGGUAAUGAUGAUGAUGAUAAUGAUAAUUGUGGUGAGAUGAUGAUGAUGACGAUGGUGGUGAUGAUGAUGAUGAUGAUAAUGGUUAUGAUGGUUUUUAUGAAGGUGAUGGUGGUGGCGAUGACAAUGAUGGUGACAUUGGUGAUUGUUAUCCCGGCCGAUGGUGGUAAUAAUGUUGAUGGUGUCUCACCAACAUACAUACAUAAAACAUAAAAAUUUAUUGAGGACAAACCUUUGUACUCGAUACCACGCAGUGUUUUCGAUCUUUUGAACACGGGCACACCACGAGAUCGUAAAACACCACCUACACUACAAUAUGUCACAUCAAAUCCUUUCUACAUCUUUACAGCUGGACACAACUCGAAACAUUUCCAACCAGAUUUGUCGGGCAAGAUGAAAGUACUCGACUAUAUCCUAGCUAUGACCAAAUCGAUGUCUAACGACAAAGUCGUUUUGGUCUCAAACUACACACAAACAUUGGACCUAUUCGAGAAACUCUGUCGAUUAAGGAGAUACCAGUUUGUUCGCUUGGAUGGCUCGAUGACUAUCAGAAAACGGCAGAAAAUCGUGGACCGUUUCAACGACCCUAGCGGAGGCGAUUUUAUUUUUAUGUUAAGCAGCAAAGCCGGGGGUUGUGGCUUGAAUCUCAUUGGUGCAAAUCGAUUAGUGAUGUAUGAUCCUGACUGGAAUCCGGCCAAUGACGAGCAAGCGAUGGCCAGGGUCUGGAGGGACGGACAGAAGAAGAAAGUUUAUAUCUACAGGUUUUUGUAAUUUUAUUUUGUGAACUGUAUACUACUAUUUUAAGAAUUAGGCUUCGUUUAUCUAACAAGAGCAACACCACCACAGACAACAACAGCAACAACAACAGCGACAUCAACAGCAACAACAACA